AUGGUCAAUGAAAAAAAGUCGUAUAGUAACAUAGUUCUUUUUCUCAAAUUGGUUUUCUUCUUUCUUUCUUUUGUAACUAUCUAUCUAUCUAUCUAUCUAUCUAUCUAUCUAUCUAAGUUGGUUUCCUUCUUUUUUAUCUAUCUAUCUAUCUAUCUAUCUAUCAAUCUAAGUUGUUGGUUUCCUUCUUUUUUAUCUAUCUAUCUAUCUAAGUUGGUUUCCUUCUUUUUUAUCUAUCUAUCUAUCUAUCUAUCUAUCUAUCUAUCUAAGUUGGUUUCCUUCUUUUUUAUCUAUCUAUCUAUCUAUCUAUCUAUCUAUCUAUCUAAGUUGGUUUCCUUCUUUUUUAUCUAUCUAUCUAUCUAUCUAUCUAUAUAUCUAUCUAUCUAUCUAUCUAUCUAUCUAAGUUGGUUUCCUUCUUUUCUAUCUAUCUAUCUAUCUAUCUAUUUAUUUAUCUAUCUAAGUCGGUUUUAUCUAUUCAUCUAUCAGAUAAGUUAUAAUUUCCAAUCUAAGCCAUUUCACAUAAUUGUCAUCUAUCUAUCUAUCUAUCUAUCUAUCUAUCUAUCUUUCUUUGUCAUCUAUCUAUCUAUCUAUCUAUCUAUCUAUCUAUCUAUCUAUCUAUCUAUCUAUCUUCCUCAAUAUAUAUAUAUAUAUAUAUAUAUAUAUAUAUAUAUCCUCCUUUUUUUUUUUUCAUUCUAUACACCUAUAGGAUGUUCAAAGCAAGUCGAUUUCAAUCACCAGGGAAAUCUAUCUAUCUAUCUAUCUAUCUAUCUAUCUAUUUAUCUAUCUAUCUAUCUCAAUUUAUUCUUAUCUCAUUGUCCUAUUUAUUUCCUUUGA